AUGGCUCUCUCUCCCCAGAUCACCAACCUGAUCAUCAUCUUGGGUAUGAUGCAGGUGUCGAAGCGUGUUCCUUUCGAUGAUCCUUUCGUGCUCAACGUCGUUCGCGCCGUCUACCUCGCCAGCAACGUCAUCAUCGCUGCUCUCUACUUCUACACCCAGCUGAAGAUCAACAAGAAGAAGGACCUCACAACCCUCAAGUAUGUCGAGCCCGCCCCUAUGGGCUCCACUGAGGAGGGCAAGCUUGUCACCACCACCGUCCACGCCUACGACAACCAGCAGAUCCGCACCGCUUUCCGUGGUCAGGCUAUGGGUAUUGCCAUGAUGGCCUUCAUGCACAUCUACAUGAAGUACACCAACCCUCUUCUCAUCCAGAGCAUCAUCCCUCUCAAGAGUGCCUUCGAGAACAACAUGGUCAAGAUUCACGUCCUUGGCCAGCCUGCCGCCGGUGACCUCAAGCGUCCCUUCAAGCAGCCCCAGGGUUUCAUGAGCGCCAUGCAGGGUGGCCCCGCCCAGAGCGAUAAGAAGGCCGUUGAGGCUGCUGAGCGCGCUGGCCGUGGUGGUGCCAAGGAGGAGUAA